AUAUCCAACACAACAGAGGUAAGGAAAGAAUGAGAGAAACCCAAAUCCAUGAAUAGGAUCAUUCCGUCGUCGUUUUCCUUUGAAAUUACUUCCAAUUUAACACAGAUAGCAGAGAUCGCAGAGAAAGAAAGGAGCAGCGGGCAUGUCGUUUGUUAGAGGAGAUUUGCUUACCAAAACCAGAAAGCUCGUCAAAGGCUUGGCCAAGGCGGAGCCUGCUUGGCUCAAACCCAUGCAACUUGUGAUUGCACCUCCACAGAUGGUUUUGCCGGAGUUCAAUCCCAAUAGCAAUGAUUUAGGGUUUGGGUUCUCUAGCUUCUUCUCUGGUGGUUCCAUGGAACUAAUGGCCGUUCCUAAAAGGAAGGUUUCUCCUCAUAAGAGAGGCAUAAGAAACGGGCCAAAGGCUUUGAAACCAACUCCGGUGAUAGUUCGUUGCAGGAGUUGCGGUAGAGUUAAGCUGCCACACUUCUACUGUUGUAGUGGAGAAAGGGAGAAGACGGGUGAACCAAAUAAUUAAGUAAACAGAUCAUGCCUGCUGAGAUUUUUAGUGAGCUAGAUAACUCUUUCUUUUUUUCCUGAAAAGAAACCAAAGAAUUUUGAUUAUGUUUGUUUUCUUAUUAAGCAAUUGCCAACAGUAUGACUUAAUUUUCUAUGUAGAACAGCUGCAUUAUUUUUGUUUAGCUGUGGGAGCAACAUCCACCCUUUUCGUGGUGGUUUUGAUGAUUCAAAUUCGUUCAUCAAUAUAAACCUAAAAAAUUAACCAA